AUGGAGCACAACAUGCACGUGAAUGCGCCGCCGCUGCAUCAUUGGGGCUACGGCGCCGCCGCCGCGUCGAUGCCGGCCACGCCCCAAAGCCAUUGGGUGCCGCCGCCGCAGAGCCACAGCCACCAGAGCCACCAGAGUCAUCAGAGCCAUCAUUCGCACAAUAGUCUGAAGCGUGCGCUCUCCGAGAGCGACUGCGAUGAGCUCUACUCGGAGGAGUCCUCCAAAGAGCAAAUCUCGCCCAGCGGCACGGGCAGCUGCCAGCUGAUGAGCCGCAAGAAGCGCCGCGGCGUCAUCGAGAAGAAGCGUCGCGAUCGCAUCAACUCCUCGCUGACCGAGCUGAAGCGUCUGGUGCCUUCGGCCUACGAGAAACAGGGCUCCGCCAAGCUGGAGAAGGCGGAGAUUCUACAAUUAACAGUCGAGCACUUGAAGAAUUUACAAUCAAAAACCCUGGAUUCGCUCAGCUACGAUCCGCAGCGCGUGGCCAUGGACUAUCACAUCAUUGGCUUUCGGGAGUGCGCCGCCGAGGUGGCACGCUAUCUGGUCACCAUCGAGGGCAUGGACAUCCAGGAUCCGUUGCGUCUGCGCCUCAUGUCUCACCUGCAGUACUUUGCGCAGCAGCGCGAGAUCUCCGCCAGCGGCGGCUAUCAGCCCAGCUGUGCAGCCGCGCCCUAUCAGAGCUAUGCCACGGCCAGCUCAUACAGUGCGCCCAGCACGGGCGCCUAUCAUGUCGGCCGCUCCAGUGUGUCCAGCACGAGCGGAGCGGGCGCCAGUGAGACGCUUCCCGCGGGCAUUGGGCCGCUGGAGCCGCGCGCGGAGACAGCCACACAGCAGCAGCAACAGCAGCAACAACAACAACCUCAACAACAACAACAACAACAGCAGCAGCAACAGCAGCAGCAGGCUGGACAACAUUAUACGCAGGAGCACAGCGGGAUUGCGGAGCAGCCGCAGGCGCAGUCGCAACAGGUGCCCACCUACAUUGAGCUGACCAAUAGCCACAAUCGCAACGUGGUGCCGGCCAUCACGGCGGAGAGUCUCAGCUAUAUCGCGGCGCCUCAUCCGUAUCCGGUCAGCGGCAGCCAGGAUUACAACAAUGCGACGGCUCUGCAAUAUGCCACGGCGAAUGGCGCCAAGCCGUAUCGGCCCUGGGGCGCAGAGAUGGCCUACUAG